AUGGCAGCUAAGUUUGCGUACGCAACCAAGGCAGCCUUUCUGCUAGUCCUUUGCCUCGCCGUGGCGUGCAAUGCUAAGCUGCGUGACAGUGCUCAACACACGUGCGCCUAUCCCCAAGCUUGUACCAAUCCUGGCAACCCGGACCCAAACCACACAGUGACGACCACAGCCCGCUACAACCCGGGAACGGGGCGAUGUGUGACCACCCCGUCGGUGACCGGUCCACACGACUGCCAGAGGUUCGCCACUUUGGCAGACUGCCAGCGGGACUGCGGGCAGUAAUGGCGGAGUCCUCGAGAACUGCCCAAGACGCCCUGCGGUUAUGGGAAAAAUAAACCGACUCUCAAUCCACGAGUGUCGUCCAUAUUAUUCUUCCAUCUUGAUAACAGAGGAUGGCGAACGCUGGUCUAAAGGUUCG